AUGGUGUCUUUUAGAGGCUGGCACUCUGCAGGGCUGAGCUUGGUGGCGGCCGCGCAAUUGGGGGCAGCCGCCUUAUGGAACACCACCAUCCCUACAGAGUACGGGGCGGUUCGUGGCUAUCCUGCCUUCAAUCAAACCGAUAUUGCGGUCACUGCGUGGAAGGGGGUGCCUUUCGCCGCCGACACCGGCGGGGAAAACCGCUUCCGACCGCCUCAGCCCCGCCCUCGAUGGAAUGGCACCCUGGAGGCCAAGGACUUUGGCUACGCUUGUCCGGAUAGUCAGCAGACGUAUGCCGUGGACGAGGACUGUCUCAGUGUCAAUAUCUGGACCAAUGCCAACUCCACCGAUGCUGGCCUUCCGGUGUUCAUGUGGAUCUAUGGCGGGGAGUGCACUUCGGCCCAGCCCCUCUUCGAUGGUGGUGGUCUCGCUCAGAAGGAGGUGGUGGUGGUCACCAUCAACUAUCGCGCGGGUGCUUUCGCCUGGCUCGCGCAUCCUGAGUUGGCGCAAGAGUCCCCGCAGGGCGUCUCGGGCAAUUACGGCCUCCUCGACCAGAUCGAGGCGCUCAAAUGGGUGCAUCGGAACAUCGCCAACUUUGGCGGCGACCCCAAGCGGAUCACCGUUGCGGGCCAGAGCGGAGGAUCAGCGGGGGUUUACCAUCUGGUCAAUAGCCCGUUGACCAAGGGGCUGAUUCACGGCGCGAUUGCGGAGAGUGGAGUCCGUUAUCCUUACGACAGCCUGAUCGCGGGUCUGGCGACCUCAUAUCGCACGAUGGAUGACGCGCUGAAUAUCGGAAUCAACUUCACCCUCAACCAUAACGUCAGCACGAUCGCCGAGCUCCGAACACUGUCCAUGGAAGCGCUCUUGGACCCUCGCGAUUUCGAAGCGAUCAACUGGAUCACAGCCUUGGACACGGGCGAGCCCCCCAAAUUCCGCCCCACGCUGGAUGGGUGGGCAUUCCCCGCCACGUACCUGGAGCUGCUGGAAACCGGGGCGGCCAACGACGUGCCGUUCAUCACCGGCAACAACAAGGACGAGUCCGGCGCCUCGACGACCACCAACUACACGGUGGCGGAAUAUCAGUACUAUUCCGCCUUCAAGUAUGCCAACCUCUCCGCCCGGUUCUUCGAGCUCUAUCCCGCCAACAACGACAGCCAGGCCGACCGGUCCUGGAAUGCAGCCGCCCGGGACACCUCGCGGGUGUCUUCCUACCUGUUUGCCAACGCGUGGGCCCAAGCGUACACCUCCCCCUUCUACACCUACUACUGGGACCAUGCCCCGCCCGGUCAGACACAGGGCGCCUACCACAUGUCCGAGAUCAACUACGUCUUCAACAAUCUGUAUGCCACCGAUCUGCCCUGGACCAAGGCGGAUUGGUUGAUCGCGGAUAUCAUGUCGAGCUACUGGGCCAAUUUCGUCAAGACGGGCAACCCCAACAAUGGAUCCUCGUGGACGGGCCCGGGUCCGUUGGUGCACUGGCCCGCCAACCAACAGGAAAAUGAUACCAUGCAUCUGGGCUAUACCCAGGGCGUUGGCCCCAUCGGCAGUCCGGAGCAGGUGAGCCUGAUCACGGACUUUUUCCACGGUCAGCAACCGUGGUGA